ACGAACAGCUGCGCACGAGCCCACUCCAUACUCCGUACAUCAGAGUCAUACAGAUGUUUCUCAGAGGCAGGAAAUGAUCUGAUUGAUCCACUGAUGCAUCAGCGGACACGUGGACAUCUUAUAAAAACACACUCUAACGUAGGCUACAUAAACUCAGCUGUACAUGAAUGCAAAGUAAACACAAGUUUGUGCAGGAGAGGUAGGAAGCUACAAACUCAUACAAAGUCCUCUACUGAAAACUCAAGGUCAAUGGUCAGUGCAUCACAGGAUGGCAAGCUUCUUGUCUGGGACACCUUCACAGGAAACAAGUUGGUUGCUGUCCCACUAAAGUCUGCCUGGGUGAUGAGCGUCGCCUUCGCCCCCUCUGGUAACCUGGUGGCCAGCGGUGGUCUGGAUAACAUGUGUACAGUGUACAACAUCAAGGCUGCCAGCCCCAAGACCCUCAGGGAGCUGGACGCACACACAGGUUACCUGUCUUGCUGCCGUUUCCUUAGCGACACUGAGAUCCUCACAGCUUCUGGUGACACCACCUGCUGUCUGUGGGACCUGGAGACUGGCAAGCAGAAGGUAGUCUUCACCAACCACAUUGGAGACUGCAUGUCGCUGGCUCUGUCCCCCGACAUGAACACCUUCAUCUCCGGAGCCUGCGACUCUCUGGCCAAGCUGUGGGACUUGAGGGAAGGCACCUGCAAGCAGACCUUCAUCGGACACACCAGUGACAUCAACGCCAUCGCUUUCUUCCCCAGUGGAAAUGCCGUCAUCACAGGCUCCGACGACUGCGCCUGCAAGAUGUACGACCUGCGCUCCGACCAGGAGGUGAAUAGCUACCAGGACGGCAGCCUGAACGCCGGCGUCACGUCUUUGGCUCUCUCCAACUCAGGCCGCCUCAUCUUUGCUGGCUACGACGACUUCAACUGCCACAUCUGGGACUCACUGAAGGGAGAGAAAGUCGGUGUGCUGUCCGGCCAUGACAACAGGGUGAGCUGCACCGGGGUCCCUGAAGAUGGUAUGGGCGUCUGCACAGGAUCCUGGGACAGCUUCCUGAAACUCUGGAACUGAGUCGUCCUAGGGAAGAAAAACACGGGGGAGAGG